AUGAUGACUUCUUAUAAGCUGAAUUUGAUUUUGGUCAUAAUCGUAAUCGGAGGAUCCAUUUACAGAGUCUCUUCUCUUCCGUCUAAUUCCACCGAACUUUGUACCGGAACAUGCGGUCGAUUGAUUCUGCCUUAUCCUUUCGGGUUCUCAAACGGUUGUCCGAUCAAAUUCCAUUGCUCUGAGACAGACGGAGGAGGAGCGGCGACGACGAUGAUGAUCGGAAGCUUUCCCGUCCACAACGUGACCGAGAGCCACAUACUCGUCGGCGUCCCACACGAUUGUAACCGGAGGAUUGAAGCUGUGAAUCAGCUUUUCAGCGAGCACUAUGCACCGACGUCGGAGAACAGUUUCCUAAUGGAGAAAUGCACUCGUCCAACCGACGGCUGCUCGAUCAAGCAGAAGUUCUUGGAGACUCAGCUGAAUCUUCAAAGCUGUGAUUCUAAAGGAAACGUGAGCUGUUUCUCCACGGAUUCGAAUCCGAGCUCUAAGAACUCGGGCAAGUAUUUCAGGAUGGAUGAUUUGAGGAACAGCUCGUGCAAGAUCUUGUUCUCCUCGAUAACUUUCGAGCCUGUAGCGAGUGCGGGAAUAGCUGUAGAGUUUGAGCGUGUUAGGUUAGGUUGGUGGCUAAAGGGAAGUUGCAGAAACACAACUUGCGCCGCAAAAGCUGAGUGUAAAGAUGUUGACACUCCUGAUGGAAUUGCUGGUUACCGGUGCUCAUGUCCCGAAGGUUACCACGGAGACGGAUUCAUCAAUCCUUGCCGGAAAGCGUUACCGGACUGUCAUGGUUCUCGGCUCGUGAGGGGACAUUGUAGGACUAAUCUUGCUAUUAUUGUAGGAGGAACUGUUGGUGGAACGUUUUUGCUAGCUGGAUUGGCUCUUCUGUUGGUUUGUAAGAGGAAGCGGACUACUUCUUCUUUGAGAAGACAUUUAAGCGCAAAGCGUCUUUUAUCUGAAGCUGCAGGGAACUCAAGCGUGGCGUUCUUCCCUUACAAGGACGUGGAGAAAGCGACUAACGGUUUCUCCGAGAAGCAGAGGCUAGGAACAGGCGCGUAUGGUACGGUCUACGCAGGGAAGCUCCAGAACGACGAAUGGGUUGCUAUCAAAAGACUGAGACACAGAGACUCAGAGAGUUUAGACCAAGUUAUGAACGAAAUCAAGCUGCUUUCCUCCGUGAGUCACCCGAAUCUCGUCCGUCUCUUAGGUUGCUGUAUAGAGCAAGGCGAUCCGGUUCUCGUCUACGAGUUCAUGCCAAACGGAACUCUCUCGGAGCAUCUACAGAGAGAGAGAGGGAGCGGUCUUUCAUGGACCGUGCGUCUCACUGUUGCAACUCAAACAGCUAAAGCAAUCUCGUAUCUCCACUCUGCAAUGAACCCUCCGAUCUACCACCGCGACAUCAAGUCCAGCAACAUCCUUCUCGACUACGAGUUCAACUCCAAAGUUGCUGAUUUCGGACUCUCCAGGCUAGGGAUGACGGAGAUCUCUCACAUCUCAACGGCUCCUCAAGGCACUCCCGGUUAUCUCGACCCGCAGUAUCAUCAGUGCUUCCACCUUUCUGAUAAGAGCGACGUCUACAGCUUCGGAGUCGUUCUUGCUGAGAUCAUAACGGGAUUGAAAGUUGUUGACUUCACUCGGCCGCAUACUGAGAUCAACCUAGCAGCUCUCGCGGUUGACAAGAUCGCGUCUGGUUGUAUCGAUGAGAUUAUAGACCCGGUUCUUGACCUGAACGUUGACGCGUGGACUCUCUCGUCUAUACACACCGUCGCUGAGCUCGCCUUCCGAUGCUUAGCCUUCCACAGUGACAUGAGACCGACGAUGACUGAAGUAGCGGACGAGCUCGAGCAGGUGCGGCUCAGCAGUUGGAUUCCAAACAUGAGCUUGGAUUCGCCAGGCGGUUCUCUCCGGUCAUCUGAUAACGGAAGCGAGAGAGCAGUAUCAGUGAAAAAGUCAUCAUUAGCAGGAAGCAGAAAGCUCGUCGUUCCGCAGAAACAAGCUGAGAAUGUACUCGCUUCCGUUGAAGAGGUUAACGAUAGCUCACCGGUGUCAGUUCAAGAUCCUUGGUUAAGUGCACAGAGCUCACCUUCUUCAAAUACAUUGCUCGGUAACGUUCCCAGGUGA